AUGGCUGCAGACGGGUUUCCCAACUAUGUGGCCUAUAAACGAAUGGCUGCCUGGAGCGAGCCCUAUCGAGACCUGGUCCCGCGCAUCCGCGAGUUUAUGGUGCAGCUACAGAAAUCGGAGAAUCAGACGGAGCUCAACCGUGUCGCCUACAUACUAGCGCACAAGGACUUGCAUUUUGCAAACAUCAUGUGCGAUCCGGACCGGCCUGGGUGUCCGAUCACCGCGGUUCUGGACUGGGAGUUCAGUGGUGUUGUUCCGGGCCCGCGAUGGAACCCUCGGCGGGCGUUCCUGUGGAACAUGAAAUGGGACCCUGAAAACAAGGUUGAACAGACCCGCAUGGAGCAGUUGUUUGAGCAGAUCUGCCGCGAAAAGGGGGCGGCGCAUAUCCUGGAGCAGACACAGCUGAAUGCAAAGCAGGAGUUGAUGCAGACGGCCGUCAACCACAUCCGCGCUAUUGUUGAGGUGUGUCCACGCGGUCAGGCGCAGGACCGCGUGACCCACUGGUGUGCGGUGGCGGAGGCCGCAAUGGAGGGAUUCCGGGCGUGA